AGACUUAUUGGACACCGCACUCCUUGGGAAGUUUGUUCUUCUCUGGGAUCCCUUGUCGUUCUAUUGCUCUUUGUUUCUGCAGAAACAAGUCACCAGGCGCUCCAGAACAUGCCCAGAGUACUGCGGGAUGUGGAAGCCUUGAAACAGGAGGCCACUUUCCUAAAGGAACAAAUGAUUCUUGUCAAGGAGGAUAUUAAAAAAUUUGAAGAGGACACAGCUCAGUCAAUGAAGGUCCUGGUGGAGCUUGACCAAGUGAAAUCCAGAAUGCAGCUGGCUGCAGAGUCCCUCCAGGAAGCAGACAAGUGGAGCACCCUGAGUGCAGAUAUUGAGGAAACAUUUAAAACACAAGAUGUGUCUGUGAUCUCUGCCAAGUUAACUGGCAUGCAGAACAGCCUGGCGAUGCUUGUGGACACUCCAGACUACUCUGAGAAGUGCGUGCACCUAGAGGCUCUGAAGAACCGGCUAGAGGCCAUGGCCAGCCCUCAGAUUGUGGCCACUUUCAAUGCUCAGUCUGUAGAUCAGGCAAAAGUGUUUGUGAAAGUCUUCACUGAAAUUGAUCGGAUGCCCCAACUCCUGGCUUAUUAUUACAAAUGUCACAAGGUGCAGCUCGUGGCAGCCUGGCAGGAUCUGUGCCAAAGUGACUUAAGUUUAAAUCGGCAGCUGACUGAACUGUAUGAUACUCUGCUUGGAACAUGGCACUCACAACUCCAGUGGGUCACGCAGGUAUUUAAGAACCCCCAUGAAAUUGUGACUGUGCUGCUGAUCCAAGCACUAGGAGCCUUGGUGCCAUCGAUUCCAGUUUGCCUCAGCACUGCAAUGGAGAGAGCCAGCCAGGAAUCCAAGCUACAUAAGCUGCUGGAGCUGUAUGACACCACAGCCCACUUUGCAAGAAGCUUGGAAGUAGCAAUGCUGUCUAACUUAAAAGAGCAUAACCUGGUGAAAGUGAUGGAACUGGUAGAAGUCGUGCAUGGUCCUUAUAAGCCCUACCAGCUCCGGUACGGAGACCUGGAAGAAGAAAAUCUCCUCAUCCAGAUCAGCGCAGUGCCUCUGGAGCAUUGGGAAGUAAUUGACUGUGUCCAGGAACUGAACCACUCGGUGAACAAACUCUUCAGUCUGGCUUCUGGAGCCAUCGACAACUGCAUUAAACUCACCGAUGGGCUGGGUGUUUGUGGGCUUCUCAAGGCACUGAAAGCUCUGUUCAAAAAGUAUGUGUCUGACUUCACUACUACUGUGCAGUCCAUAAGAAAGAAGUGCAAACUGGAUGAUAUCCCCUCAGACUCCCUCUUCCAGGAAGACUGGACUGCAUUUCAAAACUCUAUCCGGAUAAUAGCUACUUGUGGUGAGCUCCUUCGGCAGUGUGGGGACUUUGAGCAGCAGCUAGCAAACAGGAUUUUAUCCAGCGCUGGGAAGUAUCUGUUGGACUCCUACAGCCCUUGUAGUCUGUCUGGCUUUCAGGAUGCCCCCUCUGCAGAGAAGAAGAGCUCAGUUAAGAACCCCUGGCAGGAAUUCAAUUACCUCCUUAAGGAGACGCCGUCCGAAACACUCCACACCCUGAAGGAGAAAGGGACGAGUAACCACAACCUGCUGUCUGCAUCUCGAGCUGCCCUCACCCACCUCAACCAGCUAGCACACCAGUUGGCAUUUGACUCUGUUUUCCUUCGCAUCAAGCAGCAGCUCUUACUGAUUUCCAAGAUGGAGGGCUGGAGCUCAGGCGGCAUUGGGGAGACGCUGACAGAGGACCUGCCGAACUUCAGUCUGACUCCUCUUGAAUACAUCAGCAACAUUGGACAGUAUAUCAUGUCCCUCCCACUUCACCUCGAGCCAUUUGUUACGCAGGAAGACUCUGCUUUGGAACUGGCAUUACAUGCUGGAAAACUGCCCUACCCUCCAGAGCAAGGUGACGAGUUACCUGAGCUGGACAACAUGGCUGACUACUGGCUAGGCUCCAUCGCCAGAGCUACAAUGCAGACCUACUGUGAAGUUAUCCUGCAGAUCCCGGAGCUCACCCUUCACUCAGCGAAGCAGCUUGCCACGGACAUUGAUUAUCUGAUCAAUGUGAUGGAUGCCCUCGGCCUUCAGCCUUCUAAGACACUACAGAACAUUGUCACUCUAUUGAAGACCAAACCAGAAGACUACAGGCAAAUAGCCAAGAGCUUGCCCCGCAGGUUAGCAAGCACCAUCGCCACCAUGAGAAGUCUGGACUAUUAACUCCAAGCCCAGAAAAACAUCGCUGAUGAGCUGUUGUCUGACAGCUGAAUUUCCUCCCUUGAAUUUUUUCUCCAAUGAACUCUCCAAGGGUGGGGGAAAGAGGAAUUUAUUUGAAUCUCAUUUAAUACAUUUCUUCAUUUGGAAACGUCAGGAGAGCUCUGCGGGUGCUUUGAACUAUGAAAUGGAAAGGAAAAAUGUCUUAAUCACCGCACUUCCCUGUGAUGAGGUAGAGUUGUCUUGUGACGAGUUCUGAUGCUGCCUGGAGUGACCAUGCCGCGUGACAGUAAGAUGACUGGCUUUUGUAGUGCAGUCCAAUCAAUGCUGGCUGAAAUUACAGGGUAUGUGCAGUGUGGAUCAGCUGAAAUGAGGACUCUGCUACCCGCAGGCAAGGCCCAUUGCUCAAGUCUUUCAUUAUCCACAAUCUCAUGAAGGUAGCAUGUGGGCAAUUAGCAGAAAAGGCAGGACCAAGCUAAGCCCUGGUGACAAAACCAGUUGAGUAGGUUGUUUCUCAGGAGAUUAAUGUUUUUUUCCUUCUGAAGCCAUGUGAAUUCUUUCCAAGGAAUUGGAUGUAGCCGUGUCAUAGUCUUCUUGUGAAAUGAAUAAAGGGGUGAUGUGUGGGUCUUUGCGAAAA